GAGCGAAAUGGGCUCCGACGAAUACCAAGUCGUCGGCGGCGGCGCCCUCAAGCUGAAAGGCGCAAAGAUCACCAAGAAGAAGAAGAAGUCGUCCAAACCCGACCUCGCAAAGAACCUCUCCACCGGCGACGACAGCACCGCGCUCACCAAGUCGCACGACGACGAGAAGAAGAAGAAAAAGAAGAGCUCCGUGGACGACGACGGCGACGAGGAGAAGAAGCCUCAAGAGAAACAAGAUGGAGAUGACGAGGACGAACCAGUGGUGUACAAGACUGAGGCGGAGCGGCGGUAUGAGGAGGCUAGAAAGAAGAGGCUUCUCCAGAUCGCGCAAUCAUCCGGAGCGAGACCCGAGUUGCUCAAGACACACAAGGAGCGCGUCGAGGAGCUCAACACGUACUUGUCUAGGCUGAGCGAGCACCACGAUAUGCCCAAAAUUGGACCGGGUUAA